GUUUAAUCCAUAUGCUGCCAUGUGCUUUCUGUUCUCUCCUUCACCGCCAUUAAUCAGCUCUCUCGUCUUGUUUGUGAUUCUUUAUCUUUGAUUGAAAUAUUGAACUACUCUCAACUUUGACAUGGGAGAAGCAACAGAAAUACAACUCCAGAUCCUGGCAGAUGAGGGCAACAAAUUAGAUGAAAAUUCAGCUGAGCGGAAAACAAAUGGAAUCAUGAGACAGUCAACAACAAUCCCCGGACAAAGAACCUACAAAUGGUGGCUCCUAAUGACAAACUACACAUUUUUUCUCCUCGCCGGUCAGUCAAUGGCUACUCUUCUCGGAAGGUUGUACUACGACAAAGGUGGAAACAGCAAGUGGAUGGCAACCUUAGUUCAAGUUGCUGGUUUCCCAAUCCUCAUUCCCUUGUAUCACCUUUCAUCAUACAAAUCUUCAAACCACAAGACAAACAAUAGCGACAUCACAAUAAACCCACCAUCUGUUUUGGUUCUUUUGGCCAUGUAUUCUGGACUUGGAGUACUAUUGGCAGCCGAUUGCCUGUUGUAUUCAGUUGGUCUUUUAUAUCUCUCGGUCUCCACUUAUUCCCUUAUCUGUGCUUCCCAAUUAGCCUUCAAUGCCUUCUUUUCCUUCUUCCUUAACUCACAAAAGUUCACCCCUUUCAUAAUCAACUCUUUAGUUCUCCUCACAAUCUCUUCAGCUCUUCUCGUGUUCAAUAACGAUUCUUCCGGUUCCACAUCGGUUUCCAAAGGGAAAUACGUGAUCGGAUUUGUAUGUACAGUAGCUGCGUCAGCAGGGUAUGGAUUAAUGAUGUCUCUAACACAAUUUUGUUUCCAAAAGAUUCUGAAAAAGGAAACAUUUAAUGUUGUGUUGGACAUGAUAAUCUACCAGUCGUUGGUUGCAACUUUGGUAAUCUUUGCGGGGCUUUUCGCCAGUGGGGAAUGGGAGAGUUUGGGCAAAGAAAUGAAAGGGUUUAAGCUGGGGAAGUCAUCGUACAUCAACGUACUGGUUUGGAUCGCCAUAGGGUGGCAAGUUUUCUCGAUCGGUGCGGUGGGUUUGAUCCAGGAAGCGUCUUCGCUCUUCUCCAAUGUCAUCAGCACGUUAGGGCUGCCUAUUGUUCCAGUGUUUGCAAUGGUGUUUUUCCACGAUCCGAUGAAUGAGAUUAAGGUCAUUUCAAUGGUGUUGGUCAUUUCAAAUUUGUCAAGAAAUAGUACUGGUUUAUCAAUCACAAAGCUAAUGUGCUAG